AUGCUGCUCAAGAAGAUCUCCAAGAAACACCUGCGAGAAACACCCACCCAAGAAACACCCACCCAAGAACCAGAAGAACAGACCCCAGCACAACAGAACCACUCAGCAUACUCACAAUCCCUGAACGAUGCCCACCAGCCGACUGGCUCCUACCGAUCUCGCCCAAUAUCAGAAUAUAACCACCAGCCACCCACACAGAACGAUCCCCAAGAAUACCCAGCACUCGACCUACCCCAGGAGAACCGGUCUUGCCACAGCGACUACGCAAGAGAACAACUCAGGAUCGCACAGGCCGACCAUGAAGCCGCACAACAGAGGGUCGAAGAAGCCACUCGAAAGAUUGCCGCCAUCGAGCCCCCCUCCCAAGACACAGACGACCUCCUAGAGAACACCAGCAUCAGCAGCAGGCCCCACCCACAGAGCCUGGCACAGGCCGAAGAACACCAGAGGCGGAGGGAAGAGAUCAUGAAGGCACAAGAACUACUGGAUAUCAGGGAGAAGGAGGUGAAGGCCAGAGAAGAACAGCUCGAACGGAUGCUGCGGGAAGAGCACGAGAAGAUCGAGGCGGACGAGCGUCGGAAGCAGGAGGAGGCCGAGGCAGUCGAGCGGCGGAGACAGGAGCAGGCCGAGGCGGACGAGCGCCGGAAGCAGGAGGAGGCCGACCGGCGGGCCCAAGAAGAGUCCAGACACCGGACCGAAGAAGAAGAGGAGCGCCGCCGGCUGGAGCGCGAGCUUGCGGAGAUCCAGCGGAGGGCGGAGGAGGAGAACAGGCUGAACCGGCUCAAGUACGAAGAAGAGCUCCUCAAACGCACCGAAGAGGCGAAGAAAAAGGCCGAGGAAGAGGCCCGGAGUAAGCUCGAGGAAGACUAUCGACAGCAGCGGCGCAGAGAGCAGGAGGCAUUCAUCGAGGAACAGCUCCUGGCCGUCAGGAAGGAGAAGGAGAUCAGAGAGGCCGAGAUUCAUGCUCAAGCGCUAGCGCAGCAAGAGAGAGACCGAGCCGAGGCCGAGCAGAAUGCUGCCAAGAAAGCAAUGAGAGAUCGGUUCCUUGCAAAGCAGCUUGGCCUGGAAACCAUGCGAUCUCAGCAGAGCCAACGACGAGCGGAGCUAUUCGCAUCCGUCCACCGGACGGCAGUCCGGAACCUGAACCCGGUGUCGUAUGCGGACGUGUACACGUCGCCGCUGAUGAGCGGAUACAGCACCUUCCCAGUGUGUCCGUCCCCGCCGCGGUCGCCCCAUCUGGUGCCCGAGGAAGUGCGCAAAGCGGCGCGGGCCGAGCAGCAGCUGCAGGCCAGGCGAGCGCAGGCGGAGCGGGAGAUGGUGGAGCAGACGCAGAUGCUGCUGCUCGAGCAGGCUCGCCGGCGGGAAGCCGCGUCGGCGGGCGCACCCAACGCUCAACCAGCAAUACCGGGCACAAUCGCGCCCGACAGCCGUCUGUCGAUCGCCGUCAUCAUCGCCCGGCUCAUCCUGACCAACCACACCCCAGCCGACCUCCGCUGGGUAACGACUUUACUGCCCAAUCGCCAGCCCAGAGAUCCCACCGCUCCAGCCAUCCAGACCAAGCACAGGACCAGAGAUCUCAGCGGUCUACCUGUCCCGACCAAGGACACUCCAGCCGAUCUCCCCUUGUCAACGAUCUUCCCGACCACGCCCAUGACCACGGAUCUCAACGCUCUGGUCAUCCAACACAUUCCAACCGACCUCCGCUUGUUAACGACUUUACUACCCAAUCGCCAGGUCAGAGAUCUCACCGCUCCAGCCAUCCAGACCAAGCACAGGACCAGAGAUCUCAGCGGUCUACCUGUCCCGACCAAGGACACUCCAGCCGAUCUCCCCUUGUCAACGAUCCUCCCGACCACGCCCAUGACCACGGAUCUCAACGCUCUGGUCAUCCCGACCCAACACACUCCAACCGACCUCCGCUUGUUAACGAUUUCACUACCCAAUCACCAGGCCAGAGAUCUCAACGUUCUAACCAUCCCGACCAAGGACACUCCGGCGCCGCUCGACCACCCCAUCCCGAGAAUCCCACCCGAAUGCCAGAUUAUACAGAUUAUAGACCACCAGCCCCACCCACAGUUCACAACAGGAGCUCCGAAAACCUAUCCCGCCGGCAAAGGGCGCGUUCGGCCUGCCCAGCUCGACUAUACGAUGCCCAACCCAGACCCUGUAGCUCAAGCCGCCAACAGCUCGACCUCAAGCCAGGAAACCAGUGAGCUUGCUGCGCGUAUCAAAGCUAUACUCGAAGCACGAGAACUGCAAAAGAGAAAGCGGGAGGAUGAGGAGAUUGCGAAGUAUGCCGCCGCCCGGGAUAGAGCGAGAGAGCAAGUAAUCCAAGACUGCACCCCCCCAGACACGAGCUGCACCGGAGAACCUCACUCCUCUGAACAAGACGGGGACUCCAAGGAGAGAGCCGCGCAAGCCGCCGCACACUUCAUGAACAAGCAGCCAUUCCCGACCCCAGCUCGAAGACGAAAAACCUCGAUGCCCCAUGCUAGCAGCUAUCGCCACGCCAGCGCGUACCAUCAUCACCAACGCUUCAAUUCGACCGAGACAGCCUCGGCCGGCCGCUCGGAAGCGAUCAGCGAGUCUGACUCGACCGUCAUCGAUCAUCUAGCUGGCUAUCCGAACAGAGCCAUCGCGAGAGAAAUCGAAAGCUCCUACAUACUCCAAAUCGACCAUCCUUCUCCUAUCGCCUACUUGGAGGGCGAUCCCCAGGGACUUCAGCUCAAAGCCAAAGGCAACCAGCUGGCUUGUAGGGACCUGCAUCGAAUCGCCGAAGACCUUGGCGCGAAAGGUGCCAUUGGUAUACGCUUCCGGGACCCGGUUUUGGUAGACUCUUCUCGUGUCAACUUCUCCGCCCAGGGCAUCGCUCUUGUCCCCGAUACUGGUUCAUCCUCAGGAAGGACUGGCUUGGAUGGAUGUACCCCCGAGCGGCAAGAUGUGCCCCGACGAUCUGAUCCGCUCGAUUCUACGACUCACGACCCCUCUUCUGUCUAUCAAGGCCAGCGGCCGCCUCAUACCCCACAGAGUGAACCUUUCGAUCACUCCGAGUCGCUCAAAAGCUCGCCUCAGACCCCGCAUCCCGCAGAAGACUUCCAUUCCUCUGCCUCCCCCAAGCGCGAUGAACCCGCGAAGGUGGACCGGGAAGUGCAAACGUCGAUCGGCUCUGGCGCUGCGCCCAAUCCGCACCCCCCGGCGACCCACACGAAUCCCAACCCCUACGAUUCCCACCACAAAGCUCCUGGUAUACCUUCGAAUCACCCCCGUGAGCGUUACUCACCGAGAGUGCUUGUGGAGGACAUGUACUUCGACAUCUCUAAAAGACCCGAAGGCCUGCCGAUGCCCCCCCAUUUGUUCACUCCUAAAGUCACCCUCCAGUCGCCUUCUGAACCCAGUGGCUACUCUCCUGCGUCGCAAGAGUUUGGGACCCCGUCGCCGGGCCCCUCGACUUCCCAGCAGCCCAUCUCGCCUUCCGGAGCCCCCACUCUUCCCUUCCAGACCCCUUCUGAAACCACCUCGCCCACCAAUCCAGAUGAUUCUUACUCCCCCGUCACCUCCAAAGCUUCUGGUAUUUCAUCACCCAUCUCAACCUCCCACCAAUCCUCCCCUCCUGCCCAUCAAGCACCCCCUCCCCUCCCCAGAACAGUGCCCGUUGACACCCAACGUGCUGUGUUGCAGGAUUUCGUGUCUGGUCAUAGGCCUUCGAAGGCGCCUGUUGAUCCGCCUACCUUCUCUGCCCCCUCCAAGCCCGUCGUCAUCCAUUCUUCGCCAGCGACGACCGCAUAUCCGCGCACGCCUCGAGUGGUCGUCCAGUCCCCCUCUGUUACCUCGUCGCCCAUCGUCCCCGCUGGCAUCUUUUCUGCCUCGCCGAAGACCUUCACUCACGACCCUCCGCCCCAGCAAUCGUCUCGACCCCGGCCGGCCAACACCUCCCACAGCCGAUCAUCAUCGGUCGCCCAUCGAGGUGGGGCACGACAGGAGGACGGCGCGGCGCAGCCCCGCCCGCCCGUCGGCCGCGAGCCGCCGGCGUCCAAGACCCCGCGCCAGAUCCCGUUGCCGCCCGAAAGCCCCUGGGAGAGGCCCUUGCCCCCGCCCACGCCCUGCGAGCUCCCGCUGCCCUCCUCGCCCAUGCCGUUUAUCCGCUUCGACGACCCCUGUCCGAAUUAG